CGCUGAGCAGCCUCUCCCCGCAGGUGCAGGUGGGGCGGUGCAAGGACGCGAUGCCCGACUCUGGCCCGCUCGUGCCUCUGCACUGGAUCGGCUUCGGCUACGCAGCCCUGGUGGCUUCCGGCGGGAUCAUAGGCUACGCAAAAGCAGGUAGUGUCCCGUCCCUGGCUGCAGGGCUCCUCUUCGGUGGCUUGGCGGGCCUGGGGGCCUACCAGCUGUCUCAGGAUCCCAGGAACAUCUGGGUGUUUCUAGCGACAUCUGGGACCCUGGCCGGCAUCAUGGGGAUUCGCUUCUACAACUCUGGGAAGUUCAUGCCCGCCGGCCUGAUCGCUGGUGCCAGUCUGCUGAUGGUCGCCAAGCUGGGGAUGAGCGUGCUGAGCGGACCCCGUCACUCCUAGUCUCGGCCUGCUCACCCUGGAACAGUGUUCUGACCGCCGCUGUGUUGAAAUUCACACGACGUUCCGCGUUCCUGAUGCUACCGGGAAGAUGUCCCCGACCGCGUGGGGCGCGUCCCCGACCGCGUGGGGCGCGUCCCCGCCCUCCUGCAGCCGGGCGGGUGGGGCGGCCUGUGCCGUCCCCGCUCUCCCUUGGGGUCCGAGUCUACACCUCGGGGUGUCCUGUCACCCCUGGAGCAUAAUGAAAUAAAAGUUUGC